AUGGCAACUAAAAUUCCCACAGAAAUAUUAAUUAAAAUUUUAAAUAAUGUUCAAUCAACUCAAGAUUUAUAUUCAUCGUUAUUAGUUAAUCGAAUCUGGUGUAAAGUUACUGUACCUAUACUUUGGGAAUUACCUUUGGGUCAAAAAUGCUGUACAGAUAAUAAGAAGUUGAAAAAGAAAGCAUUAUGUAUUCGAACUUAUAUAUCAUGUAUGAAUAUUCAAGCUAGAACUUUACUCAUUCAAAAUGGAUUUGAUUUAUCAUCAUCAACACCUCGAGCCACCUUUGAUUAUCCAUCAUUCACUCAUAAAUUCAUAAUUGAUAAUUUAGUUGAAUUUAUUCCUAUAUAUUCAUCACGAAUUAGUCAACAACAAAUCAUUGUCACCAUCACCAAAUCGAGAAUAUUAUUUCGUGAGAUCUGUAAAUUAAUAAUAAAUUGUUGUACAUUUUUGGAUUGUUUUAAAAUAAUGGGACUUCCCAAAAAUUAUUCUAAAAAUUUUUAUAAUUAUAAUGAUUUAAUUUGUUCAAUUCUCGAGUUACCUGGUGCCCCGAAAGUAUUUAAGAAAUUAGAAAGUUUUACUUCGAUAACAAAAAAUUAUGGAAGGAUUUUUCCAUUAUAUGAAUCAUUAACAUUAAUUUGCGAUAAUAUUUUAAAUAUGGAUUUGUCUUUGAAUACAAAUUCUCAAGUGCAGCUAUUAACAAAACUUAUCAGUGCCCAAAAACGGUUAGAAAAUCUCUCAAUUGUUUCUACUCAGUAUCAAGAUUAUAAUUUAUUAUUUCAGGCUAUCUUUAGUCAAAAAGAAACAUUAAAGCGUCUUAGUUUGAGAUACGUAGAUUUUAAUUAUUUCGAAGGGAAAUUACCACAAAUUGGACAAUUUAUUUCACUUCAAGAACUUUAUAUUGAAAAUU